AUGUCUUCCGGUGACAUCUCGUAUGGUGAUGAAGACGUCUUGGGAUCCGAGGAGGGAGAUCCCUCCAUCAAGGUUAAGAGCAACAACAUCAAUUCCUUGAAUAAUGUCAUGAUCUCACAUGAAAAACAGAAUUAUAGGAAAAGCAUACAAAAAAAUAUCUCUCCGAGGAAAAAGAAGCUCAGUGAUUCAGAACAAGACAGUGAAGAAAGCAGUGAAAGUGACAAUUCAGAAGAUCAAAGCUCAGGAUCAGGCUCUAGUAUUGGUCAGGUAUCUGACCAAGACUCUGAGGAAGAGAAGUUCUUUGAUGACAACAGUGAACAAUCUCAAGAACCUUAUGAAGUCGAUGGCCCAGUACAAUUGGUUAAAGUUAAUGAAGAUCUCACCUCUUUUGAGAUCUGAGAAGAAGGAAUGAAGGUUCUCAAAAGUAUAAAAGGUGAUAUAGGAGUAGUAUCGCUAGCAGGAGCCCAAAGAACAGGAAAAUCAUUCGCAUUAAACAUGCUAUUAGAUAAAUUAGGAGGCAAAGGAUUUAAAGUCAGUCCAUCUACAGAUUCUUGUACUCAAGGAAUCUGGAUCUGGGGGACACCAACCUUCGUAAAGUCACGAAAUAUGCAUGUAAUCUUACUAGACACAGAAGGAAGUGGAUCGAUCGAUAAGAACUCUACUCAUGACGGAAAAAUCUUUGCAUUAGUGGUCUUGAUAUCAUCCUUCUUCAUCUACAAUAGUUUCGGUGCUAUUGAUGAAAACGCUAUAAAUAAUCUAUCGCUCGCUGCGAAGUUAUCUACAAAUAUAGCGGUCAGAGCUGGGAAAGGAAUAUCAGAAGAUGAGUUAAUCUCAAACUUCACACCAAAGUUCCUCUGGCUUCUUAGAGACUUCGUUUUAGAAAUGAAGGAGAAUGGGCACAGGAUCACUGAAAAUGAGUAUCUGGACAGCAGAAUCAACAAUUACACAGAGGUCAAGACAGCCCUUGUCAAAUUUUUUAAGAUGAGAGAGCUUAUGACUAUGGUCAGGCCGAGUAAUGAUGAGCAUCAGCUUGCCAAUCUUAAUAAGGUAGAUUUUAAUGACUUAAGGCCCAAAUUUCAGACAAAGGCCAAACUUCUACAACAGAAAGUCUUUGAAGAGUGUCCACUGAAGCAGAUGAAUAAUAAAAGGAUUAGUGGCAGGGUACUUGCAAAGCUGCUUGAAAUGUAUGUUGAUGCUAUCAAUGAUGGAGCGGUUCCGAAUAUCACAUCAGCUUGGGAGAAUGUUGUUGAACAGGAGCGAGAGAAAUACCUUACUAAAGCUAAACUAUACUACUCCCAGUUAGCCAAGCAAAUUGAGAUGCCUAUGGAAGAAUCAGAUCUUCUCAAAAAGCUCUUCAAGAUGAGAAUUCAAGCAAUGGAUAUCUUGAGAGAAGGAUUCAAACUUGGAGAUGAAAAGUCUGAUCAAGAAGAAAACAAAAUUGUUUUAAAGGAACUUACUAUUGCUAUUGACCAGAAUGAAAAAGAAUCCCAAAGAGCUAAUCUAGCAAUCUCUAGGAAAACAUGAGAAGAGAUAGCUCGAAAUGCGUUCUCAAGUAUUAACCUCACCAUCAGAAGCAAGGGUUAUUGAAUGGAUAACAUAGAAGACAUCGGAUAUGAUGUUGAGGCAUUUACCAAGUCAUAUAAGCAGAAAGCAGUAGGUCCUGGGAAGACCGAAGUGUUUAUCAACUUCAUGAAUUCGGCCAUCCCCAAAAUCUCAAAGGAUGUUCUCACUACAGAAUACCAGAAGCAAAAGAUAAAUGAGGAUAGGUUAAACCAAGCCAUUGGUAUCCUACAAGAGAAGAACAAGAUGCUAGAGGAGAACCUUGAAGAAAUUGAGCAAGAGCAUGGCAUGAAAAAGGACGAAUACGAGGAUAUUCAGAUCAAACUUAGAAAAGCUACCAAACAAGAGGAGAUCCUGCUCAAAAAGGCAGAAGAAGAGGCUGAUAAGAGGAAAAUGCUGAUCGAUGACCUAGCUGAGGAAAAAGAAAGGAACCAAAAGCUAGACUCUAAACGUAAGAAGGCAGAGAAGCAACUCAAGAAAAGAGAAGAUGAACUAGAGAAUGAAAAGAGGGAUAUAAGACAGAGAGAUGCACUCGGUGCCAAUAUCUCUAGUGAAGAAGCUUCUCGUAUCAAAGAAACAGCUCGGAGAGAAGCUAUUGAAGAUAGAUCCGGAUAUGCUUCAGAUGGCAACCCUGCAGCUACUACUGGAGGUAAAGGGAAAAAUAAGAGAGGUAAAAAUGGCAAGAAAAUAGGGACUCCAAAGCCAGGACAAUCUGGAUGCAAAUGAGCAAUCUUUUAAAC